AAGAUAGAGAGGUGGAGGCACGUAGAUUGCAUAUUAGCGAGAUCAUGGAAAAAAUACAUAACAAAUAUCAUACGGCUGAAAAAGAGGGUAAUGCGAAUACUGCUAAUGACUUUAUUACACAACUAGACAUGUUGUUAAGUCAUGUUCUUGGUAUACAAAAGUAA